AUGCCUUCACCAUCCGAUUAUCAUUCAACAAAUGCACCAGCAAAUUUUACAGAUAAUGCUUGGCAACAAUCGGCACAGGAAUCGAAUAAAACGUUAGCGGAGGAUGAUAUUGUUGACCAUGGGAGAAAUGCUUGGUCUACUAAUUCACCUCAACCGCAAACAAUAAAUGCAUAUCAAUACAGCGGUACAGCCUAUGGAAAUACACCAACAAUGGCCCACACAAAUGCAUAUUCUAAUCAGCCAGCCGCUAGAAUGGACGCUGAUCAUCCAGACGAUGCCAAUAACAAGCUUGAAACAAGCAACGAUGCAUCAAAAAAGAAGAAGAAAAAGGACAAUGAUUUUUUGGACAAUGCUAUGAAAAAAGAUGGCAGUUUGCCAUCGAAGAUUAGGUUGUUACUGCGGUUCAUUCUGCUCGUUGCGGCUGUGGGUCACUUAGGUUUUGCGGCUGGUGCAUCACCGUUUUCCGGAAUGUCCGUACCAUUCAACAGUAGUGCUUGUUUUUACUUCCUAGUUGCAGUGGUAGGUACACAAGUAUUGCUGUAG